AUGUCCAAUCGAAAGAAAGACGUCUUAUUAGCCGACUGCUUCAUACAAAUAACCCACAGCCAUCCCACCCCAGCACUCGACCCGUCCACCUACAAACUCAAAGCUCCUCUCAAUGUCCUGAUAAUCGAUGCAUCUCGCGGUAUAGGAGCCAGCAUCGCCUAUGCAUACGCCAGAGCAGGCACCGCAAAGCUCAUUCUAGCCGCACGCGCAUCCUCAUCGAAGGAGCUAUACGCUGUCGUACAGCAAGCCAGUUGCCUCAACCCUUCAGUCCCAAUAUCUUAUGUACCAGUCAACAUAACCUCUCCCUCAAGGGUAGCGACUUGCGCAGGAGGCGAUCUGCAAGACUCCAAAGACAUUUUUGACUUCGAUGUACAAGGAACAUACCUUGUUGGGCACCACUUCAUACCUUUGCUGAGGAAGAGCGAUGGUACGAAAACGUUCAUCGCCGUGAACUCUUUUGCUGCCCUGAUCACCUCAGGGCACAUCGCGAAUACGGCGUACUGCGUAUCGAAGCUUGCGCAAGCGAGGCUAAUGGAGUAUGUCGCCGAGUAUAUGAUGCCUUGUACGUCCACCUAUGUUGAUUUUGGAGCGUGUUUGCUGACAGAUAUAGAUCUCACUGACGAUGCUGGCCUAUGCGGUACAUUCUGUGUAUGGCUGAGUCGUGAGAAGAGAAUGUGGUUGAAUGGUAGGCCCAUCAGCGCCACUUGGAAUGUCGACGACUUGCUGGAGAAGAGAGGGCAGGUAGAAGAUGAGGACCUGUUGAGGAUUGGGUUCAGGGUAGGUGAUGCUUCCGCUGCUUCACUGAGCCAACUCUGAGCUGUGAAUGGGCACUUCACGACGUCUUCAUGCAACCCCAUCGCUGACUGCGGAUUCUUGCGAGCGGGCUUCCUGGAAAGGUAAAUGCUGCGCAUCGGUUGCAAGUCGUACCAUUGCUUGCCCAACACUCGGUCUGAAGGUCAUGGCUCUCGUCCAUAUGAUCCUCCGACGAUCUCGGAUUCCGCGAACUUGGAAUGCGUUUAGCGUGUUGGUGAAGAGCUGGACGAAAAAAUCAAGUGGAUACUUGAUCCAGAGUGUUGCAUGGCGGAAUCCCCUGACGCGUCGAAGCCCAUUCAUGGCGUCGCUGUAAUCUUCGGUGCUGAGGUGUGCUUGCAAGAGCCACUGCAACGUACCGUCAGCGCUGGCACAUACUUGAUCG